CUCAGUAUGCGGAAGAGCGCCGGGUCGCCACUGCGAGUGUGGACGUGAGUGAGAAACAUUGUAAUUUGUGACUACAAAACAGAGAGAUGUUAGGUCUCGGCGGAGUAAGACCCAGAAAGUCACAAAUAUGACGAGUGCUACCAAUGGAAAAGUAUGAGAGUAUUGGGGUUGUGGGAGAAGGCUCGUACGGCAUCGUGAUGAGGUGCCGCCACAAGGAGACCGGGCAGGUGGUGGCCAUCAAAAAGUUCAUAGAGACUGAGGAUGAUCACAACGUCAGGAAAAUGGCUCUUAGGGAAAUUCGUAUGUUGAAGAAACUCCAUCAUGAUAACCUCGUUAACAUGAUAGAGGUGUUGUUCCGACGGAAAAGGAGAUUCUACUUAGUGUUCGAGUACAUGGACCACACAGUCCUGGAUGAACUCGAAGAAAAUCCAAAAGGCCUUGGAGAGAAAGUCACGAGACAACAUAUGUUUCAAGUCAUAAGAGGAAUAGAUUUCUGCCACAAAAAUAACAUUGUCCACAGGGACGUGAAGCCGGAGAACAUCCUGGUGUCGAACCAAGGCGUGAUCAAGUUAUGCGACUUCGGGUUCGCGCGCACCGUGACGCCCGGCUGCGAGACCUACACAGACUACGUGGCGACCCGCUGGUACCGGGCUCCCGAGCUGCUGGUGGGCGACACCAAGUACGGCCGAGCCGUGGACAUCUGGGCCAUCGGCUGUCUGUUCGCCGAGAUCAUGAGUGGAGACCCGCUCUUCCCCGGCGAGUCGGACAUCGACCAGCUCUACCAGAUCAUCAAACUGCUCGGUAAAUUAUGUCUAAGGCACCAACAACUGAUUGCAAAAAAUCCGCUCUUAAAGGAAAUGAGAAAAUCAACCCUAGAGCAAGCAGAUGAGAUCGCCAACCCGUCGAGGUGCCUGUAUAAACUGUUCCCUUCAUGGUCUAAUCUUACAUUAGAUAUUGUCUCCUUGUGCCUUAGAUUAGAUCCAUGUCAACGUCCGACGAGUAUGCAGCUAUUGCAACAUUCCUACUUCACACAUGACAGUUUUGCGGAAAGUUUUGUGCCCGAACUGAGGAAAAAGAUUGAGCAAGAAUUCCAAGGAAAUCCUUUACUAAGUAAAUUCUACCUUCAAUUCAUGGAUCCAUGUGUAGAGAAAAAGGGUUCUGCGGAGCUGGGGCCACCGAAGCGGACUCAGGCGGAGACUCCCCGCUGGAAACUGAACUACCCCAGCGACAAACCGUUCAUCACCGGGGAGAAGCCUCAAGCUUUUAGAGAUCUCGACAUCCCUACGAGUAGAAGGCUGACGCUGGACAGUGGUUCUCCGAUGGAUGUCGGGGAGGACGAUGUGGGAGAGAAUAACAACAGUAUAAAGUUCAACACUUUGAACAAAUACUCCCCUUUGAAGCCAAUGGCGGAUCAUCAACCCACGUCCCUCACGAUGACCCCCUCACCCUUCCAAACUGGAGUGAACGAUCACCUGCUGCCGACUCCACCAAGUCUGCACACCGGUCUCCUGCACCCCUCUGUCAACAACAUCAGCUUCACCAAUGCUCUCCGAAGUGACAACGGAAAGCGGCCCAUAGGACCACCGAAGGUCGGAGUGGGGAUUGUGCCUCGUACUCAGCUCGUAAGGAAGCUGGAACAAAGACUGACGAUGGACAUGGAGCCUCGGCCUGCUUGGAGGAAUAAGGGGCCAAACGAUGACUUUUCACUGCCUAACUUACCUGGGGCUUCAUUAAGUCCUCAUAAGGUUGGAAAGAAGAAACUGAAUCCAGUAUCAACCCAUGGGAAUGUCGAUACUUUUAUAUCUCCUUUGAAGACUAUGACCCUAGCUGAGCGAUGGAAUGAGACCACAGAGCACUUUGCGAAAUUUAUAUCCAUGCCAUCCCGCACACACCAGGAGACGACACUUUCCAAGUCAGAUUGCAGAGAGGCGCAGUCUUGA